AUGUGCAGCCUCAAGGGACCCUUUCUUUUCAUCAUCCUGUGUAUUACAUUAAAUUCUCGUGAAGCAACACCUGCCGAGAGACUUCUCUAUUUGGCGGAUGAUUUAUCUGCUGGGACUCCCAACGAACAAGAGUGGUCCUUACCCAUAGUGUCAAGAAGUACUGGCUUCUUGGGAAAUAAUGAUGCACCCCUGGAGGAAGAAGCAGCCAAGCCCAACAGCCAUCGCUUGGAGAAGCGGAGAUGCAACACUGCUACGUGUGUGAUACACCGCUUGGUUGACUUGGUCGUCAAGGCCAAGAACGUUCUCGGUGGUAACUAUACGCCAACCAACGUAGGAUCCAACUCCUUUGGCAAAAGAGACAUAGAACCUCCAAUCUACCUACAGCUUUAA